AUGUCGGGCGCUGUGGGCCGAGAGGCAGUAUUUCCAACUCGCCAAUCAUUGGGAUUGAUGAAGAACAAGCUGAAGGGGGCGGAAAUUGGCCAUAGUCUACUAAAGAGAAAGAGUGAAGCACUCACAAAACGUUUCCGAGACAUCACACGCCGCAUCGAUGAAGCCAAACAAAAGAUGGGUCGGGUCAUGCAGAUUGCUGCCUUCUCACUGGCCGAAGUGAGCUAUGCGGUAGGCGGAGAUAUCGGCUACCAGAUCCAGGAGUCCGCCAAGCAGGCUCGUUUCCGCGUGCGAGCCAAGCAAGAGAACGUUUCUGGUGUUCUUCUACCUACAUUUGAAUGCUACACGCAGGAUGGCGUCAAUGAUUUCGGUCUGACGGGUCUAGGAAAGGGAGGACAGCAGAUUCAACGCUGCCGGGAGACAUACGCACGGGCCGUGGAGACAUUGGUGGAACUGGCAAGCUUACAGACUGCCUUCCUGAUUUUGGAUGAGGUGAUCAAGGUUGUUAACCGAAGAGUAAACGCAAUUGAGCAUGUUAUCAUUCCCCGAACCGAAAACACUAUCAAAUGUUUGUACCGUCUAGUCCAAGUGUUCCUUGUGCCGGCUGACCAUUCUGAAGACAUCAACUCCGAACUCGAUGAGCUUGACCGAGAGGAAUUCUACCGCCUGAAGAAGGUUUCAGGCAAGAAACAGCGAGACGUUGCUGCCGCAGAUGCUGAGAUCCUCGCGGCACGGCAAAAGGCAGCAGAAGCGCAAGCAGCAAACCCCAAGGUACCUUCUGCCACUGCCAUCUUCGUUCAAGAGGAAGAAUCAGCAGAUGUUUUGGGCGAGCAGGAAGACAACGAUGUCAUUUUCUAG